CACAUCGUCGUUGAUUGAGAUACAACCAACUUGGUCGAGAAGAACGACAUCUAGCAAGGCGAGCUGCCCAACUACCAGGCUGGCAAGAUAUCCACCUUCCGGAUCCGCCUCGAAUUAAUCCCUACCCAAUAAACUCUAGCGCGACUUUUUGACAAACCGCUCGAUUCUCAUUGGUCGAUCUGAGAUUGUCAGCUGCUGAAAGCAUCACCAUCACCAUGCGAGGUCUUCUAUACACCAGUCUGGGACUCGUUGUCUCUGCGUUGAAUGUGGCGGGCUCCUCAUUCACUGGCCAAAAACAAUGCGACAGUAAUAUUUGUAUCACCGGUCUGAGAGACAGUUCAAACGGAACUCAGACAUGGACUCUGGCUGGCCCAGAAGGCAAGGACUUGGGCAGUAGUCAAGUCGGUUGGAUGGCCAUUGGAUUCGGCACAAAGAUGGCCAACUCUCAGAUGGUCAUUCUGUGGCCUAACAGCGAUGGCUCAAUCACCAUGUCUCAGCGAAAUGCUACAGGCCACAAUAUGCCAAAGGUCGUUCAGUCGCCCCCUAGAGCUGCCAACUUGAUGAAAUCUGAAUCCUUCUCAAACUCCACCUCGACCUCGUUCACCUUCACCAUCCCGUCCUCAUCUGAUAGCGACGCGAACAAUACUCAACUCAUUUACGCCAUGAGCGACCAUAAUCCCGGCUCAUCUUCUCCAUCUGCCAACAUUGUCCAACACAACAAAAAUGGCAAUAUGCAAUUCAACCUCUUGGCAACGUACAAUCCCAAUGAGGGCAAUUCAGGCUCUUCCUCGUCCUCGUCAUCGUCAUCGCCAAGUACUGCCGUUUACGCCCAUGCGGCCUUUGGUGCACUCGCCGCCAUGUUGUUCCUUCCUCUCGGUGCACUGGUCCCUCGAUGGGCUAGAGCAUUCACGGUGAAACGGUGGUGGUUCCCUGCGCAUGGGGCCCUGAAUGGAAUCUUGGGCUUGACCUGUGUGGUGGUGGCUUUUGCCAUCGCUGCCGCGUCCUUUGAUGAUGGUGUUCUGGGGUCUACGCAUACAAAAUGUGGUCUGGCGCUCCUUAUUCUGGUCAUCUUCCAAUCACUCCUCGGCAGUGCCACUCACUGGCUCAAGCACAGACUCAUUGAGAAAUCCAAGAUCGCUUGGAGACGAGGUCCAUUGAACUUUGUACACAUGAUAACGGGUAUCGCCAUUAUCGCUCUUGGCUGGGUCACAGUGUAUCAGGGUCUCUUCAGUAUGUGGUCCAGUUCAUACGAUUCGGCCCCUGGAAAUGGCUGGAAGAUCGCCUUUUGGGUCCUCAUGGCUGUCCCUGCUGCGUUGUACGUCAUUGGACUCGCGUUCAUCCCUCGUCAACUCAAGUUGGAGCACGAGUUACACAAUGGUACUACCAAGGAGAUUGGUACGCCGACCGAAGAGAAAGGCAGGACAUCGAUCGGAAGGAGGUUCUCCCCUGCCGCUUAGAGGAUCUCUCCAUCUAUCUCUAUA